UAAUCACGUGAUAGGGGUGUACACUACAGCUUCAAAAGCGAAUCAGCCAUUUUCUUCAGAACAUUCCCCGAAAGGCUGCUGUGCGGUAAAAGAAGGUUAACUUAAAUCAGUCAUGGCAGUGCCAGCGCAAGAGCCUCAAGUCCAGUUUAAAUUAGUCCUGGUUGGAGAUGGUGGCACUGGAAAAACAACCUUUGUGAAGCGACAUUUGACAGGAGAGUUUGAAAAGAAAUAUGUGGCCACUUUGGGUGUUGAAGUCCAUCCACUCACCUUUCACACCAACAGAGGAGCUAUAAGAUACAACGUGUGGGACACAGCCGGACAAGAGAAGUUUGGAGGUCUGCGUGAUGGCUAUUACAUUCAAGCCCAGUGUGCCAUUAUCAUGUUCGAUGUGACGUCGAGGGUAACUUAUAAGAACGUUCCCAACUGGCACAGAGAUCUAGUCCGUGUCUGUGAGAACAUCCCCAUCGUUCUGUGCGGAAACAAAGUCGACAUCAAAGACCGCAAAGUCAAAGCCAAGGCCAUCGUUUUCCACAGAAAGAAGAACUUGCAGUAUUACGACAUCUCUGCUAAAAGCAACUACAACUUUGAGAAGCCCUUCCUCUGGCUGGCCAGGAAGUUGAUUGGUGACCCAAAUCUGGAGUUUGUGGCCAUGCCCGCCCUGGCACCCCCAGAGGUUGUCAUGGACCCCCAGAUGGCCAAACAGUACGAGGAGGAACUACAGGUGGCCCAGUCUACUGCCCUGCCAGAUGAAGAUGAUGACCUGUGAAUUUGCUGCAGCCUGACUCUGGCAGUCUAGUUUUAUAGGCUGCUGUGCGCAGAGGGGGGUGUGUGGGUGGGGGUGGGGGUUAUUGGGUUGGGAAUGGGAGAGUGAGGCGUGGGACGAGGCGCACGUCCUUGUCCCACAGCAAUUCAGCAGAACAUUCAUAUGUGCUUUACAAGAGCUGUGGUGGCUGGCGGACGGAAACGAUUCCUCCUUUUGGACCUGCUUUACUUGGCUUUUUUUUUUUUUUUUUUCUGACUGCAAUUGUCUCAGUUUUUGGUUUAGGUUCCCUCAUUUCCAUAAUUUAUAAUCAAAUGGUGUGGCACUUCAUUCCCAUGUUUUAUUUGUCAUAAUAAAGUUGUUUUGAAAGCACAAAA